AAAAAAAAGGACAUUUAGCUCUGUGAUGUCCAAAGACUUUAUUAUAUAACGUCAUUUUCAUGUGGUAUUUGUCACACUUAAUCUUUGUUACCACGGGGGCUUAUGCGCACCGCCUGAUUUGUUGCACGUUGACUUGCGUCUUUUUGUUCUUUAAGUCGCGUUUCUGAUGUCAACUGUCGCCUCAUCUGAUUGAUGCAAACCUCUGUCACUCAUACCAGGAGCGAUUCUGAUUGGUCGACGUCGUGUUGUGAGGGGCGUGCACUUUGGCAACAGGAAGUAAGAGACGAACGCUAUACGAACCCAAAAAGAUCCACCUUGCAAAAGGCUUUAUUAAAUGCCUUCAUAAUCUUCGUGUCCUACGUGAGUUUAUCAAAUGUGAAGCCAGCAUUGAGCAGACGAGCUGCGGUACGCACGUCAUGCACGCCAAGCACGCCGGGAGUAGCCGAAAUGCUGCAGUGUGGCAGCAAACCCGAAGUCUUCUACACAAAAAUCUGCUCAUCAAGUGGAGGACCAAACAGCAGAGCUUGCAGGAAGUGAUCCUGCCCCUGCUGCUUCUGGCUCUGUUGAUCGUCAUCAGCAAUCAAAAUCCGCACAUCUACUACAAUGGAGUGUCCACCAUGGAGCUGCGAUCGGACAAAGUGAUCUUCACCGCUGCCCUCGGCUACACGCCCGUCACCAACGUCACCAGCCGCAUCAUGGACGAGGUGGCCCGUGAGAUGGACCUCCUCGACAUGUUGGAGACGUUCGCCAGCGAGGCGGCUCUGGAGAACGCCAGCUCUUACGAUCCAUCCGGCCUGGUGGGUGUGGUCUUCACGGACCCGUCGGCCACUUCCUACAGCCUGCGGUUUCCCUACAACCAGCUGCCGCAGCCCAGUGACUUCACAGAGUCCAUAGGCAAUUGUCUGAGCAGUACCAGCAACUGCCGAGCGGCCAACUACUGGUACUCAGGAUUCAUCCGCCUCCAGUCGCUGAUUGACGCCGCCAUCAUCCAGAUGCAGACCAAGCGUGCGGUGUGGAGUGAGAUGGACGUGCAGGCGGUGAUGAUGGGUCAGCCGGGCUGGGUGGAGGUGCACAAGUUCCCGCGCGCUCUGAUCUCCAUCUACCUGGUGCUGGCCUUCACUCCCUUCGUCACGUUCCUCAUCGUCAACGUGGCGGCGGAGAAGGAGCGGCGCAUCAAAGACACCAUGAGCAUGAUGGGCCUCUGCGACACGGCCUUCUGGAUGUCGUGGGGGCUGCUGUACGCCGUCCUGGUGGGCACCAUGUCCGUCCUGAUGUCCAUCAUUGCCACCUCCACGGCGCUCUUCCCCAACAGCAACUUCCUGCUCGUCUUUUCCCUCAACUUCCUCUACGGCAUUUCCACCAUCUUCUUCUCCUUCAUGCUGACGCCGAUGUUCAAGAAGCCAAAGUUUGCCAGCACGGUGGGCUCCAUGCUGACGGUGGUCUUCGGAUGCCUGUCGCUCUUCACCAUCCUGAUGACGGAUUUCCCGCAAGCGCUGGUCUGGGUCCUCUGCCUGCUCUCGCCCUCGGCCUUCUCCAUUGGCAUUGCGCAGGUGGUGUACCUGGAAGCCCAAGGGGGCGGUGCCAUGUUGGGCUCCCUGGCCAGCGGGCCUCAUCCGCUCUACAUACCGCUGCUCAUGCUGGCUGUGGACUGCCUUCUCUACCUGCUGCUUGCCAUUUACUUGGACCAGGUGCUGCCGGGCGAGUUUGGGAUGCGGAGGUCCCUGCUCUACUUCCUGAAACCGUCCUACUGGUCCAAGCGCAGCGAGCGCUACACAGAAGUGACCACGCCGUACGAAGCCGAGGUGAACGGCACUCCCAGCGCCGGCGAAUCAACCGAGGCCGUCUCGCCGGAGUUCCGGGGCAGAGAGGCCAUCCGCAUCAACAACAUCAGCAAGGUGUACAAAGACAAAGACAACACCGUGGAGGCCCUCAGAGGUCUGACCUUUGACAUUUACGAGGGCCAGAUCACGGCUCUGUUGGGCCACAGCGGCUCCGGGAAGUCCACGCUGAUAAACAUCCUGUGCGGCAUCUGCCCGCCCAGCGGCGGCUCGGCCACCAUUUAUGGCUCCCCGCUGGUGGAGAUUGCUGACGGGCCCGAGAUGAAGCGGCUGGUGGGCGUCUGCCCGCAGUUUAACAUCCUCUUUGAUGUCCUCACCGUGGAGGAGCACCUUAACAUCUUCGCCGCUAUUAAAGGCAUCCCGCCGGCCCAUGUGGACGCCGAGGUGUCCAAAGUGCUGAAAGAUCUAGAUCUGGAGAAGAUCAUGUCUGCUCAAGCCAAGAAUCUGAGUGGAGGCCAGAAAAGGAAGCUGUCAGUGGGCAUCGCCAUCCUGGGAGACCCUAAGAUCCUUCUCCUGGACGAGCCCACGGCCGGCAUGGACCCGUCCUCCCGACAUCAAGUGUGGUCCCUCCUGAAGAGUCGCAGGGCCGGCCGAGUGAUUGUCCUCAGCACGCACUACAUGGACGAGGCCGACAUCCUCGCUGAUCGCAAAGCGGUGAUCUCGCAAGGCCGCCUGAAAUGUGUGGGCUCCUCCAUCUAUCUCAAGACCAAGUGCGGCGUGGGCUAUCAUCUCAGGAUGUCCAUCAGCGAUCGCUCCGAUGUGGCCAGUAUUUCUUCGCUGAUCCAGCAGCACAUUCCCAAAGCCAAGCUGACUCGGCAGCAGGAAGCGGAACUCAACUUUACUCUGCCUUUCGAGAGCAUGGAUGCCUUUGCGGGUUUGUUCUCAGAACUGGAUGCCCGACCCAACCUCGGCUUGGUCAACUAUGGUGUUUCCAUGACAACGCUGGAGGACGUUUUUCUGCGUCUGGAGGCGGAGACGGAAGUGGACAAAGCAGACUACAGCGUGUUCAACCGGGAGGUAGCGGAGGGCGGCGAGUGCGUCGGCGCCACGCUCUACGGCGACGAGUCGGACCAGCGGCUGCUGAUGUUCUCAGACCGGGCUGAGUUGGCGCGGGGCGUGGCGCUGUGGCGCCAGCAGUUUGCUUGUGUGGCCUGGCUCCACAUGCUCAACUUGUGGCGCGAGAGGAAGGCCCUGAUUUACGUGCUGUCCCUGGUGCUGGUGUUUGUGGCCACCUUGCUGCUCUUGUCCUUGUUCACCGGGAACAUCCUGGUCCACUCGCCGAGCCGCCGGUUCCUGCCCGCCGUGUACCUCCUGGCCCCAAAGGAGCUUCCCCGCAGAUACGCCAGCAGCCUCCUGCUUUGCAACUCCACAGGUGCGGACAUUUCCGACUUUGUGCACAACGUGGAAGGGCAGGGCAUCGCGGUGGAGCUGAGCAACGUCAGCGACUACAUGGCGGCGGCUCCCCACAGCGCCGCCAUCAACGUGACGGGAUCCGGCAAGGGCUUCACGUACAGUUUGGGCUUCAACAGCACCACGGUACACUCGCUGCCCAUCAGCGUCAACAUCCUGAGCAACGCUCUCCUGCGAGGCCUCAACAGCACCGCCCGCAUCCACACUUGGAGCAAACCUUUCGACUACCAACUGCCACUGGUGGUCUCCCGCGUUUUGAUCGUCAUCGAAUCUGUCCUCCUGGGAAUGCUGACGGCCGGCAUGCCCGCCUAUUUUGCCAUGGAGCACGUGCGAGACCGAGAGCUCAAGUGCUGCUCGACGCUGCGCAUGUCGGGGCUUCUCCCGUCGGCCUACUGGUGCGGGCAGGCGGCCGUGGACGUACCCCUCUUCUAUCUGGUGGUGUCGUGCAUGAGCGUCACCCUCUUCUCCUUCCACGGCGACAACCUGCUCACGGCCAGCAACCUGAGCGCCGUGAUCUUCUGCAGUGCCGGCUUCGUUCCGGCCGUCGUCCUCUUCACGUACGUCUGGUCUUUCAGCUUCUCUCGAGUGCAAAGCAACCGGGACUUCAUGUCCAUCGUUUGCAUGAUGGCGUGCGUGGUGUCGGGCUCGCUGGUCCACCUUCCUCUGGUGAGCAACAGCAACAGGGUGACGCAACUGGUGCACAACACCCUGUGCAUCUUCAACCCGCUCUACCCGCUCAUGGGCUGCCUGGGCUGCAUUGCUACGACCUCUUUCCUGCCAUCGUCGCAUCCUGACAAAGACUUUGUGUUCAAUAAUCUGCUGGUCUCCGUUUUUGCGCCGUACCUACAGUGCGUACUGCUGCUGCUGCUCCUGCGCUGGCUGGAGCGCCGUCACGGCGGGAGGACCUUCAGGACGGACGGCUUGUGCAGGAUUUCAUCGGCGCGGAGGCCCAAAGUGGAACGCAACCCCGAAGACGGCCCGGACUGGCACGAGGAUGCCGACAUCCAGAUGGAGAAGGCCAGGGUCAAAGAGGCGCUCACCUGCCACCUCGGCGACGAGAAGCCAGUGCUGGUCGCCAGCAACCUGAGGAAGAUGUACAAAAGUCGCAGGGAAGGUUUUGCUCUCAGCAAGAGUGGAAAAGUGGCCACCAGGAACGUCUCCUUCUGUGUUCGAAAAGGCGAGGUUCUCGGACUGUUGGGCCCAAACGGAUCGGGCAAGAGUACCGUCAUGCACAUGCUGUCUGGGGAGACGGAGCCCACGGCUGGACAGGUGCUGAUGGGAGAUUUUGGCACGGGGUCGUGGGGCGCCCCCCCGGAGCACGUGGGCUACUGCCCCCAGGUCAACCCGCUGUGGCCCAGGAUGACACUGCUUGAGCACCUGGAGGUCUACGCAGCCGUCAAGGGGCUGAAGGCACGCGACGCCCCCGAGAUCAUCCAGCGGGUGCUGAACGCUCUGGAGCUGAAGGAGCACGAGCGCAAGCAGGCCAAGUCUCUUUCCGGAGGACUCAAGAGAAAACUCUGCUUUGCGCUGAGCAUGAUCGGGAACCCCGAGACCCUCCUGCUGGACGAACCGUCGGCCGGGAUGGACCCCGAGUCCAAACAGCGCGUGUGGAGGGCCAUCCGCGCCGCCCUGAGGGACCACCAGCGCGGCGCUGUGCUGACCACGCACUACAUGGAGGAGGCGGAGGCCGUGUGCGAUCGUGUGGCCAUCCUGGUGUCGGGCCGGCUCAGGUGCCUGGGCUCCAUCCAGCACCUGAAGGCCAAGUACGGCCGAAGCUACAGCCUGGAGCUGAAACUCGGGGAGGCCGGCGCGGGACUCCACCUGACGGCGCUGGUGCACAAGGACAUCGUGGCCAUCUUUCCGCACGCCUCCAGACAGGAGAGCUUUGCCACGUUGAUGGCGUACAAAAUCCCCACGGAGGACGUCCAUUCUCUGGCCACCGCCUUCUCGCAGCUGGAGCGCCUGAAGCAAACGUACAAGUUUGAGGAAUACAACUUCUCGCAGUCCACUCUGGAACAGGUCUUCCUGGAGUUCGCCAAGGAGCAGGAGAAUGAGGACGACCAGGCGGGCUCGCUCAGCACAACCUUCCAGUGGCGCCGCUUGUCAAACGAACAGACCCCCGACGACCGCUCCGUUGACAACCGCGGCGGCGACAGUGUUGUUCGACAGCUGUGAUCACCUACUGUGUGCAAAAAAAACAAAAACACUGCGUGUGUGGCGCCAAAUCUUUAGCAGCCCUUUUGCACGGCUUACCGAAGCCUACGUUAAAGGCCGCGGCAGCUGCGUGAAGGCCAGAAUGUCUUGAUAUCUCGAUAUCUGAGGAACGGACAGCACAAAGGGGACUUUUUUCAUCAUGUCUUUUUUGAAAGUGCAAAUCGUCCAGGGUGAAAACACUGAAGCAGAAUGCGAAAAGAAGAUGGAUGGAUGGAGGGUAAGAUUUCCUGAGCCGCGUUCACACUGCCAAAUCAACGCUCGAGCCACUUCUUUGUCAACGUGCACUAUGAACACACAAAUGCCAGCUUUGCUGAUGAUGUUUUUGUAAGGCACAGGUGAAGGAGGCAUGAAAGGACUUAUUUAGUUUAGGUUUCUUUGAAUUUUGUGGAAAUGUGAUCCGUCCCAAGAUGGAAGCACCAAAGCAGCUCUAAGUAGCAUGAUCACAAUAUUGGUCUUUAGAUCCCGUCCCUUCAUUUCACACUGAUGCAGACCCAGCUGAGUACCAGGGGUGGGCAACUUUUAUUUUGGGGAUUUAAUUUUGAUCCCCUGAAACUACUGAAUUAAUGUAUUACAUUAUUUUUGUUUUGUAUUCAUCUGAUGUGUUUAUUGGUUUUGAAUAAUUGAUCCCCCAACGUAUAUUGAGAAGCUGAAGACAAUUACCCAUAAUACAUUAGAUUGAAAGUAAACAGCCCGUUGCAUUGUGGGAACGAAUGCCGAUCGAAAAUUAUGCGCUCCACACACAUAAAGCCUAUUUGAGUCCCUAA